UCAGAAUCGUUGUCUUGAUAGCCAAAGACCCACAAACAAGAAAUCUCGCGACAUUAUGUCUAUGAUUCUUUACAAAAUAAUUCCAAUGUUUAUCUUUUUUUUCUUUUAAAAUAUUACAAACGAAACAAAGUAUUUCCGGUCUCGAAAAAUUGUUUUUUCUUUUUAAUAAACAGCUGGCCACUAUAUUUAUCAAGAAAAUAUAAAAACCUCAAAUGCUCAAAGUGAAGGGGCCUAUCAGUAUAAUUUUGUAUCUCAUAACACUCACAUCUUCUCGUUGAGUUUUUUAAAUUAAAAAUAUCUAUUUUAUUAUCAAUAGUACAAGUUUUAUCAAGUAUGUUGAUGGAAAGUGCAUUCACAUAUAUACACAGAAUACGGUGCUUAUACCUGAAGGCAUACACAAAGUGGUUUUUAUAUUUCUGAUGUGUACCACUCGCGUGUUUGACAGUGGAAUUGGCCGUAUCGUCUUGCAAAGUUGCUGGGCAAUCAGAGUACUCAUCUGACCAAGGUGCUGAGCGGUUCGUUCAACCAAGUUUUUAUUUUAAAAAAAAGUUUAUUGUGUUGGAUUUCAGUGGUUUUUUAGUGUCAUUUUUUAAGUCAAUAUUCAAUACUUUUAAUUCCAAGUACUGUAAUACAAUUUCCGAUCUUACCGUUUGACGGAUCAGACGUGAGGUCAUUGAGAUACACAAGAAGGAGCAAAAGAUAGCUGUGAAAAUAACACCUGUUAAACUAUUUAAAAAUUUCGAAGGAAAGAGGCCAAGGAUGUCUAGAUCUCGAUCAAGUAUUUGGAUAUUGCCCAUCAGUGUUUCGUGACUAAAAUAAAAUUUAAAAAAAAACCAACAUUAAUGAAAAAAAAAAAAUACAUUUCCUUAGUUUUUUUUUUACAUUAACUUUUGUCUUUGUGAUAGUGAUUGAUGUGAUUUUAAAUAUAACAUAUAAAGUGUUUAUUCGUGAACUAUAAUAAGGAACAAAAAAAAUAUAAUUUUAAAAAUGACUGUUUCAAUGGAGCACAAGCGAAAAACCUCGUGGGACUCAAAGAUUUCAGUGAGUACUGUGAGCACAAGAAGAUUCAGUCGAGCUGGUACACCAUCAUCAAUAAUAUCAUCAGACAGCGACAUAAGAUUCACAAGAAAACUUGGUGGACAAUAUCGUUGUGGUUGCUGUGUACUUGCAGCAUUUUUGCUGUUUCUUCUUUUCUCUGGUGUCUCUAUCUAUCUUGGAUAUACAUUUUUCCUAUCAGAUCCAAUGGGUGAUCAAGUUUUUCUUGGCACAUUUCGAGUUAUUGAUGGUGAUUAUUUUGCUGAUGAACUUGCUGAUCCAUCAACCGAGGCAUUUCGUAUUAGAUCUAGAGAAUAUCGAGAUAGAUUGAAUCUAGCAUUUCGCCGAAGUAAUCUUCGAAUAUCAUUCAUUGGCUCUGAAGUACUUGCUCUCGACGGUGUUGAAGAUACUGACCUAGUAGUCCACUUUGAUGUUCGUUUUGAUCCACGUUAUCAGAGCGUCACUGUUGCUGAUGUUGUACAAAUAUUGUCACGUGAAAUAACACCACAAACAACAAGAUAUCUUGCUAAUAUAACAAUUGAUCCAAAAAGUUUAGAAAUACAAGAAAGUAUUGCAGCACUUAAUGCACAAGUUUCAUUACAAACAACAAUAUCAACAGAACCAUCAACAACAAUUCCACCACCACCACCAAGAACAUGUAGUCAACUUGAACUUACUUAUUGUAAACAUCUUCCAUAUAAUAUUACAUCAUAUCCAAAUAUUUUUGGUCAUAAAUCAAUCAUUGAAGUUGAAGAUGAUGUCAUAACAUUCAGAGAACUUGUUGAUGCUGAGUGUUAUCGUCUUGCUUAUGAUUUUAUUUGUCAAGUACUUCAACCAACUUGUUUACCAGGAAAAUUUGAAGCAACAAUGCAACUUCCUUGUCGUAGUUUUUGUCGUGAAUUUUGGUCUGGUUGUGGUAAUCGUUUGCCUGAACGUAUCAAAUCAGCUCUUGAUUGUACUAAUUUUCCAGAGUAUGCGGAUCAAGGAAGUUGUCGACCAAAACCAGGAUGUGUUCGAGAUUUGCAAAAUAAAGCAUUGUCACCAAGAAUAUGUGAUGGUAUAAUUGAUUGUCCAGAUUUAUCUGAUGAAAAAAAUUGUGCUUACUGUCCAGAUGGUCAUAUGCAUUGUGGUAUUGGUCGUGUUUGUAUACCAAGUAUUAAACGUUGUGAUGGACAAAUUGAUUGUCCAAAUGGAAGUGAUGAAAAAGACUGCUUAACUUUAGCAAAGACGAUAAGUGAUAUGAAAAGUCAACCAAUUGAUACACCACUUGCACCAAGUUAUAAAAAUGAAGGCUAUGUUGUAUUUAAUGAAAAAGGAACGGUAGGAAAACUUUGUAUUGAAAAUCUCAAUGCAACAUUACCAAAAAAGGAAAUGGAUAGUGUGCUUCAAACGGCAGCUGGUUCACUAUGUACUCUUCUGUCUUAUACUGGUGUAAAUUCAGUUGAAAUUAAAACUGAUGAUGAAGAUGAUGUUCAGUAUGUUCAAAUGGAAGAUUCAACAGCAUCAGAAAUAACAUUUAUUCGUGCAUUAUGUCCAAGUAAACAAGUUAUGUAUGUUAAAUGUGGUAAUUUAGAUUGUGGUAUACAAUCAUUGAGACAAAAAAUAAAUACAAAAACAUUGAGUAAAAUAGCUGAACCUGGUGAUUGGCCUUGGCAUGUUGCAUUAUUUAAAGAAGGUAUUCAUGUUUGUGAUGGAACAUUGGUAUCAGCUGAUUGGCUGCUAGCAACAGCAUCAUGUUUUCAAGGACAACCAAAAGCUGAAUGGUCAGCAAGACUUGGAACAGUUAGAUUAUCUAGUGCAUCACCAUGGCAACAAGAAAGAAGAAUUGUUGGAAUGUUAAAAUCACCAGUUGAAGGAAGUACAAUGGUACUAUUAAAAUUAGAUCGUUCUGUUGCUGCAUUUUCUGAUUUUGUACGACCAAUUUGUUUACCAUCAUCUGAGGAACCAAUACAAAUGAAUAUUUCACAUUGCAAUACAUUAGGCUGGGCUCGAAAUAGAGAUUUAUUGCAACGAGUUCAAUUGAGACACAGUCCAAUGGAAAGAUGUGAAAAUAUUAGUAUUGCAACUGUCAAUGGAAUAUGUACUGAAGCUGCAUAUUCAACAGAUGAUUGUAAUGAAGAAGAAUUGGCUGGAAGUUCGAUGCUGUGUCUCUUACCAGAUGGUAAAAGAUGGGCAUUGACUGGUGUCAGUAGUUGGAGAAUUGCUUGCUCCAAUACUGGCACUGAACGACCACGACUUUACGACAGUGUGUCAUCAAAUAUUGCAUGGAUCAAAUCGACAAUUGUAUAAAAUAAAAAUGUGCUAUAAAUAUUCCAUAUAUAAA